AUGGGUUUGUCAGACAGUGUUAUUCCAGAAGUCGAGGGGACUUUGAUCUUCGAUGACAAGAAAAAUAUAAUCGAUGCUACAGACAUUGGGGAGCAGAGGUUGAAAGAGAUAACGGAUUUGUUGGAUGCUAAAUUGAACGCCGAUGGGUAUGGAUUCCUGGAGGACGAUCAUGGCUACCAGGUGCAAUUAUGGGGGGAGGACGACAAGAGAAUCGCCUUGUUCAUUAAGAAGCCUGACAUCUUACAGGCGUAA